AUGGUGCGCCCGCAGGCGACCUUCACUUGCAUGGGCAUCAUGCGGCGGCAGCUGUGGGGGGCGGCAGCAUCUCCCAAGAAGAUUGAGGAGAUCAAGAAGUUCCUCCUCACCGCUCGGCGGAAGGAUGCCAAGUCCGUGAAGAUCAAGAAGAGCGGCGAGGUGACCAAGUUCAAGGUCCGCUGCUCGCGGUACCUCUACACGCUGUGCGUCGCCGACGCCGACAAGGCCGACAAGCUCAAGCAGUCGCUGCCCCCUGGCCUGCACGUCCAGGAGAUCUGA